GGAGCUGCCUGGCACGAGAUGUGGCUGCUCAUGGCAGUCCUGCUCCUCCUCCAAGCACCCACCAGCUCCGAAGGCGCCACCAAGCAGAAGAAGGCUCUGAACCCCGAGGCUCUCAUGAACGUUAGCCAAAUCAUCUGCCACAGAGGGUACCCCAGUGAGGAGUAUGAAGUGCUGACUGAUGAUGGCUACUACAUCCACCUGAACAGGAUUCCUCAUGGAAGAGAAAAGCCUAAGAACAGAGGGCCCAAGCCAGUGGUGUUUCUCCAGCACGGGAUAUUUGGAGAAGGCAGCCACUGGGUGGAAAACCUGGCCAACAACAGCCUUGGCUUCAUCCUAGCAGACUCUGGCUACGACGUGUGGCUGGCAAACAGCCGAGGGACCAGCUGGUCCCGGAGACACCAGCACCUUUCAGCCGACCAGGAGGAAUUCUGGGAUUUCAGCUUCCAUGAGAUGGCAAUGCUCGACCUGCCGGCUGCCAUCGACUUUGUGCUGCAGAAAACGGGGCAGAAGCAGCUCCACUACGUUGGAUACUCCCAGGGCUGCUCAAUUGCGUUUAUUGCGUUUUCAUCCAUCCCCGAACUGGCUCAGAAAGUCAAAAUGUUUUUUGCCCUGGCUCCAGCAGUGUCACUGAAGCACAGCAGAAGUCCACUCAUGAAGAUGCAGCUCCUUGUGGACAACAAGCUCCAGAUGAUUCCGCUGCUGCUGGGCAGGACGGACGCGUCGCUGCGCAUCAGGAGGCUGUGGCGCUUCCUGCCCGAGCUCUGCAGGCACACGCUGCUGCACAGGCCCUGUGCCAACCUCCUCUUCCUCCUGGGGGGCUACAACGAGAAGAACCUCAACAUGACACGGCUGGAUGUGUACACAUCCCACUAUCCAGAUGGCACCUCUGUCAAAAACAUCGUCCACUGGGCCCAGGUGAUAAAAUCCGGAGAAUUCAAAGCCUUUGACUACGGCAGCGAGAACCGCGCUCGGUACCACCAGGACACCCCGCCCCUGUACCCCCUGGAGGAGAUGCCGGUGCCCACAGCAGUGUGGUCGGGAGGGCAGGACUGGGCAGCAGACUGGAGGGACGUGCUGCAGCUGCUGCCCCGCAUCAGCCACCUCGUCACCUACACCCACAUCCCCGACUGGAACCACUGGGACUUUGUCUGGGGCCUGGACGCCCCCGGGCGCCUCUACAGCAGCAUGCUGAGCCUGAUGGAGGCCUCCCGGUAG